UUACGAAAACGUAACGAAAAAAAGUCCAAUCAGUCGGAGCAUAUUAUUUUCAUACGAAGUAUACGAAGAAAGCAUGGCGACGUCGGGUAUAUAAGGUCCGGUUAUGCACUUGUAAGUACAGUCUCUUCUAUAAUUCAACGAAGGUUCAUCAUGAAGACAUCACUUUUGUUCCCCGGACUUUUCGUUUUCCUUGUUACCCUUGAAGCCACUACACUAGCACAAUGCACAUCUGGACCUGGAGCUUCAUGCAGCAUGCUCCGUAUGAUGGGUGGUGUGGGAUACACUUCGCCUUACUACAGCGCAUCAACCCAUCCAGGAAACAAUCCUCACAAUCUCAACUGUCACUACAGAAUCAACGCUCAGAGCACCUCCAACGUCAUCAAAGUAUUGUUUAGACGGUUCAACUUGGAACAUCACACUUGUUGCAACUACGACUACGUUGCGGUUUACGAAGGUGUUUCUACAUCGUCCCGUUUGAUUGGAAAAUAUUGUGGAAGGAAUUCUUCAUUUACUGUCCAAGGACGUGGACCAUACAUGUACAUACACUACCAUACUGAUAGAUCCGUGCAUUCGACUGGAUUCCAAUUCCGAUUUAGUGUGUCAGCCUCAGCAACACCAUCUUGCGACCAACUAUCAAUUGGGGGAGGACCAGGCACUGGUUUUAUAACUUCACCAAACUAUCCAUCAAAUUAUCCUCAUAAGGCUGAUUGUAGAUACCGAAUUAAUGCUGGAAGUGCAUCUCGUACCAUCACGUUGAGGUUCACCGCUUUCAAUUUGGAAAGUCACAGUUAUUGCAGAUAUGACUUUGUCGAAGUCCGAAAAACAAUUAAUGCACACUGCGCACCAAACGCUAGAAAAUACUGCGGAACAACCCUGCCAGCAACACAAGUAAUAACCGGCCAACAAUAUGUUUACAUUCACUUCUUUACCGACAACAGUGUGGCAAGAUCUGGAUUCAGGAUGCAAUGGACAGUUUCAGGCACAUCUGGACCUGGAGCUUCAUGCAGCAUGCCCCGUUUGACGGGUGGUGUGGGAUACACUUCGCCUUACUACAGCGCAUCAACCCAUCCAGGAAACAAUCCUCACAAUCUCAACUGUCACUACAGAAUCAACGCUCAGAGCACCUCCAACGUCAUCAAAGUAUUGUUUAGACGGUUCAACUUGGAACAUCACACUUGUUGCAACUACGACUACGUUGCGGUUUACGAAGGUGUUUCUACAUCGUCCCGUUUGAUUGGAAAAUAUUGUGGAAGGAAUUCUUCAUUUACUGUCCAAGGACGUGGACCAUACAUGUACAUACACUACCAUACUGAUAGAUCCGUGCAUUCGACUGGAUUCCAAUUCCGAUUUAGUGUGUCAGCCUCAGCAACACCAUCUUGCGACCAACUAUCAAUUGGGGGAGGACCAGGCACUGGUUUUAUAACUUCACCAAACUAUCCAUCAAAUUAUCCUCAUAAGGCUGAUUGUAGAUACCGAAUUAAUGCUGGAAGUGCAUCUCGUACCAUCACGUUGAGGUUCACCGCUUUCAAUUUGGAAAGUCACAGUUAUUGCAGAUAUGACUUUGUCGAAGUCCGAAAAACAAUUAAUGCACACUGCGCACCAAACGCUAGAAAAUACUGCGGAACAACCCUGCCAGCAACACAAGUAAUAACCGGCCAACAAUAUGUUUACAUUCACUUCUUUACCGACAACAGUGUGGCAAGAUCUGGAUUCAGGUUGCAAUGGACAGUUUCAGGUGGAUCUCCCACACUAGGUGGACCUCCCACCUGCGGGACUGGUUACCAAUGGACCCGAUUUUACAACCGAGAUCUACCGAGUGGUAACUGCGAUUGCGAAAAUUUCAGGGACUUGAAAAGACAAUACCCAGAGAUUUGCAAUAACCGUGCUAGCGUCGAUGUUGUAGACGCUACGACCGGUAUCGAUUAUCGAGUAUACGGACAAGUGGUCAACAUUAACACUGCGAGUGAACGAGGUUUCUCGUGUUUUAACCGAGACCAACCCAAUGGUCAAAGAUGCCGAAACUACAAAAUCAGAUUCUGCUGCCCUAUUUCAAACCAGGGAGCGACACUACAUAUUUGAUUAGCGAGGUGAUUCGCAGUUGUAGUAAUUGUAAUCCAAUUUAAAUAUAAUCAUGCAUACACCAAA